AUUUGUAUCUAGCUUUAACAAGGUUAAGGGCACUGUGUCAUUCUAAACAAGGAAAAGAUAAAACAAGAAAACAAAAAAAUAACGUUGGUGUCAUGUUAUAACAUCUUCUUUCAAUACUCUUCUUCCUCACAAAACAUACUGGACAUAAAAGGGAUUCACCAUUCCCAACUUUUGUUUGCGCUGCAAAAGUUGGGAAGGGUUCUUGUUUGAAUCUUGUUUUUUCCAUCCGUUUUCUAAUACCUUUCUCAUCCAAAUCUCAAACCAAGAUAAUCUUCUUCCAUAAUCAUUUAUAUAGCUACGUACAUACAUACAUAUACAUUACAUACUUUCCACCUUGUCAAUGAUCAUGAAGAACAUGACAAAACGAUCCUUAACCACAGAGAUGGAACGCAACGUGAGGCAAAUGCAGAAGCUGAUUGAAGAUAACGGAGAUUCCUUUGCCCAAAAGGCUGAGAUGUAUUACAAGAAGAGGCCAGAGUUGAUCUCUCUUGUUGAAGAGUUCUACCGUGGCUACAAAUCUUUGGUUGAACGUUAUGAUCACAAUUCCACACCGUUUGAUCUUCAAUCACAAGCUUCUGGUGUUUCAGAUUGUGGUUCUGAGCCACCUUCUGGCAUGCCUUCUCCCUCUCCGAGGAAGAUGGGGCGUCGCAUAUCCCCCAACCGUGCCGCGGGGUUCGAUGUCUUUCUAGGUUCUGGUGGGAACGUGAAUGCUUUUGAUGCAUGUCAAAAGGAUGGAGAUGGUUCUUCUACUUUGACAGAAUCUGAUGAGGAUUAUUAUGAUGAUAGCUCUUCUAUGAACAGCUUUUCAGGAUUCUUUGGGAAUGGAAAUGAUCAGAAUGGUAUGAACAGAAGGGUGAUGGAAUUGGAGAUUGAUAUACCAUCUGAGGGGAAAGAAAAACUGUUCAAUGAGGAGGAACGUGUGAAAAAUGCAGAGGAUUUUCGUGCCAGGAUCAAUGCAUAUGAACAGGAACUAAGGAAUGUGAAUGAGAAGUUGAGGCUUUCUGAAGGGGAGAUUAGUAAGCUGAAGAAUGAGCUUGAAAUAUACAGAUCAAAGGAGAAUUUGAAGGGUGACGUUGGAUUAUGUUCAUCUGCAGAAGGGGUAAGGAUGGGAGCGGAAUCCUUGGAGUUGAAGAAACUUGGGGAGGAGCUAAGGAUGACCAAUGAAAAACUUGAGUCUGCAGAAAUGCAAGUUGUUUCAUUGAAAUUUGGGGCUACUAAAACGUUUGAAACUAUUCAGCAAUUGCAGGAACAGCUUGAGUUGGCUGAGAAGGACGUUGCUUCUUGGAAAAUAAAGUUCAACGCUCAGAAAAGAGAAAACUCAAGACUCCUAGAAAGGCAUGCAAAGAUGAGAACCAAUGUAGCAGACCGGGAUCAUGAGGUAAUGGAUUUAAAAGCUCUUGUGUCUGAUGUAGAACAGAAAAUGUUCUUUGAGAGAUCAAGUUUGAAGUCUGAAAUAACCAAGUUGGUGGGAGAAAAGACUGUUUUAGAGCAGAAGAUGAAAGAAUGGGAAUGUCAAUGCCAAUGUUUAGAAGCAGAGGUAAAAAGAAUCCAGUCUGAAAAAAUAGAGAGGGAAGAGAGAGAUAAGCUGAGUGCAGAAGUUGGUUCACUUAAGAAAGUGAUAGAAUCAAGAGAUAAUGAGAUUAAAGAGGCUCAUAAAGAAGUGGAAGAACUAAGAUCAAGAGGUAAGAUAUUAGAGGAAGAGAUUGAGAGGCAAAGGGUUGAGAUAUUAGGAGGAGCUGAAGAGAAACGUGAGGCCAUAAGGCAGUUAUGCUACUCACUUGAGCAUUACAGAAAUAGGUAUGAUAUACUCAGGCAGGCUUUCAGAGGAAACAAGAGGCUUCCUGUUUCGGCCACCUGAUAUGUCAAUAUGCAUGUGACCUUGUACAAUACCACCCUUUCAUGUUUCUGUGUCUGUCAUGUCUUUCUUAUACUUUGUGGUGUCUGAUGUAUAUCACCCAAGUUUACGAUAGGCUUGUUUGCAUAUAUUUGUUCCAAGUGUCUUCGGGUUCAGUUAGGAAGCGAUGCAGGACCAACUCUUCUUGAGGAGGUUACUCUGAAACUGCUUAGGUUUCUAUGCUCUCCAUCUUUCUGUUUAGUUGGAAGUGAGAAAUUAUGUCAUCCGUUCAGUUCAGAACAAUAUUUGAUCAUAUCUCAUUAUCAUUCUUAU